AUGUCGACAAAAUACCCAGUCCAAGUCGACUGCAUAAGACAAGUUCCCUACUCUUCGCUUGAAGACGACGAACAACCGCUGGCAGACGAACUAAGCCCAGAAAAACAAGCAGAGAGCAGUGAAGAGGAGUACGACACGGAUUUGGAGAGUGAGUUUCACGAGGACAUCCUUGAAGGCAGAAGGGACAAGAGGCACUAUACUGCAGCUUGUAAAAAUCUUGGCUUGAUACCAUGCACUCCAUUCCUUCGGCAGCUGGACAAGGCAGAAAUGAACUUGAAGCAUUAUAACCUUGGUCCGAUGGGAGCCGAGGCUGUGGCGGUGGCUUUGAUGCAGAACAACUCCGUUUUGACCCUGAAUAUCGCCGAUAACAGCAUCGGAGUCGACGGUGCUAUUUAUAUUGCCAAGAUGUUAACAGAAAAUCCCUUCAUUACAGAGCUGGACGUUUCGCAAAACGAUCUUCGCACUCAAGGAGCAUAUGCCAUGUCGGAGAUGUUGAGAGAAAAUAACGAACUUUUAGAGCUCAACCUCUCGAACAAUGGCUUCGAGGAAAAGGAUGCAGAGCCGAUUGUUGAAGCUAUGAAACAGAACUACACGCUUAAAUCUCUGAACCUCAGCCACAACAACUUCUGCGAAAUCGGAGGUCAACUGCUUGGUCCAGCAAUAGAUGGAAACGUGGGAUUAGAAUAUCUGGAUUUAAGCUGGAAUCAUUUAAGAAGAAAAGGAGCUGUAGCAGUUGCCUACGGACUGAAAAACAACUGCGCGUUAAAAUUCCUGGACUUGUCCUGGAAUGGUUUCGCUGACGAUGGUGCCAAAGCAGUAGGGGAGGCGCUCGCAGCGAACAACACUCUAACAGAGUUAGACAUCUCAAGUAAUCGGAUUUCGGUCGUCGGAGCGAAAUGGCUCGCAAAAGGACUCGAGCAAAAUUCGACUCUUCAGGUCUUUCGCGUUGGCCAGAACCCAUUCCAGAGCGAAGGAGCAUACGAGAUUUUAAGCGCUGUUGCCAAGAACAAGGAAAGCGCCAUCGAGGAGUUAUACUUUGACGGAAUUCCCGUGAAUGCGGAGUUUGAAGAGUUACUAGAAGACGUGCUUGAUGAACGAACGAACCUAAGCGUGCAGUGUGGAACGGCCACGCAGGGAAAAGACAGAGUCAAAAGAAUGAAAAAGAAAGUGGUAAGUAAAAUUUUCCUUGAGCUGUAAAAUAUUAUUCUUCAGUUGCAGAAACUACUUACAGAAUAGCUUUGCAUACAGACCUGACUCAAAAGUGGGCCUUGCCCAGAUCUCCUAGGUAUAGGUUUGGGCCCGCGGUUCAGACGCGGUAUUUCAGAAGAGCCGAAUCGAAUUCAAUGAAAUAAGUUCAUGUGAAGUACCACGUCUAAAAGAAAAGUUCCCGGAAAAAUGUGAAACAUGACUAUCGUUACUCAAUCUCAACAGUACUUAAAAAACGAAAUGGUUCAAAUAUAAGACUCGAAAAUUCGGCUGCGAGUACUAAAAUUAAACUUGGUACUUAACUAAAUGACUGUCUCGAGCGAAAAAAAGUUUCAAUUGUGCCUAAUAAACGUAGUCUUGUUGACUACACACAGAGGUGAACGAUGGCCUUUGUUGUCUUAUAUUAUACUCUAGAUUUGAAACUUCGAAAAAAUGUUGGGAGACUUAUGAACACAGACUAGAGGAAGAAAAGGGCGAAAUGAAUGGAAAUUCAGUUACUAUCACACAACCUUUGGAAAUUUCUGCAACAGAUAGAGUACCAAACUGUAACAAAACAGAUUUUUUUCUUUUGUUCUCUUGCAGGAUGUUCUCAACUUACUGCUGGAGUACAUAGAGCUCAGAGGCUUGCGUGUUGUAGACUUCUUUCGCCAGCUGGACAAGGACAAUAGUAAAAAGAUCACCCGGGCGGAAUUCAUGAAUGGUGUCAAGAAAACAGGCAUCCCCAUGACACGAAAGCAAUUGAAGAAAUUGGUGCGGAUACUUGAUACAGACAAUGAUGGCAACAUCGACUACGGAGAAAUGGUCGCUAUUAAAAAAGACGACGUGUUUGACUUUUAUCACAAGAAGAAGACAUACAAAAAGGACGAUCCUCUUUUGCAGUCUUUCAAGAGCACCCAGCAGAAAAAGGCAUGA